AUGGUUGACGGAAAUGUGUGGUUACAUGCGGGAAGAGACAGAAACAUAACGUUCAAGACAAAUGGAGCUGGAAAGAUCUACGUGGAUGACACUGAUGUUUCCAGACUUCCAGAUGUUGCAUCAUUCACUCAACUUGUUGGACGAGUCGAUAACCAAAAUCAGAUGUUUCUCUCACUGAAAAGCCGUCAAGAUACUCAAAACUCUGCAAUGAGAGUUGUCUUGAACUCGGCAAAGCACUAUUUGGUUGCUCUUCGGAAUCUCACAAUGGAUAUGAAUACUUUGAAAAAAUGGAAGUUAGACAAAACUAAUCGAGAUGUGAGACGUCGUGGAUUGUUGGUCAAAAUGACAAGACAGAUUAUAAAGUUCGAGAAGUUACUCCAAAUGAACUCGUGUGAACAGAGCAAAUGCAAAAACGGAGGGACGUGUAUCCCAGGAUUCGGUCCUAAAUUUACUUGCCUCUGUCCUCCUCAUUUCACUGGUGUCUUGUGUGAAUCUGAUGUCGAUGAAUGUUCGAUCUAUAAUGGUACUCUUGCGGGAUGCCAGAAUAAUGGAACAUGUAUCAAUAAACGAGGAGGAUUCGAUUGUCAGUGUCAAUCUGGCUACCAUGGACCUCUUUGUCAGUAUCACAUGUCAGCAUGCUCAAAAACUUUCGAGUUGUGUGGCCCACAUGGUCAUUGUAUUGAGAACAUUGUUGAUCCCGCCAGUGCUGCUUCCGGAGAAACCAACGCCUACAAAUGUAUUUGUGAUUGGGGAUUCAAAGUUUCAAGUGAUAAGAACAAUCCAACUUGCGUUGACGUUGAUGAAUGCGAAUCUAAUCCUUGCCAUCCUGGAAUCGAUUGUAUCAAUUUACCUGGAUCAUUUAUCUGUUCAGGAUGCCCGGAUGGUUAUAAAAAAGAAGGAAAUGCUUGUGUUGAUGUUGAUGAAUGUGUUGGAGAACGUAAAGUGUGCUCUCCACUUGUGAAAUGUCACAACACUAUUGGCUCAUACUUCUGCUCUGAAUGUCCAGCUGGAUAUACUGGAAAUGGAGAAACAUGUACAAAGGAGGACAGUUGUGAAAACAAUAAAUGCCACAAACUUGCCACUUGCAAGGUAACGGAUGACGGUUUCAGUGCUGUUGGAGGUUAUACUUGCUACUGUCCCGAUGGAUAUGUUGGAGAUGGUAUUGGAGAGGACGGGUGUACGAAAACAACCAAUACUGUAUGUCAGAAUAAUGAAUGCGUCAAUGGAGGAAAGUGCAGGGCCAUUAGUACAACAGAAUAUCAGUGUACUUGCGAAGCCGGCUUCUCUGGACAAUUCUGUGAAAAGACAUCUCCUUGUCAAACAAAUCCGUGUUUGAAUGGAGGAACAUGCUCGGUUUAUGAUGAUUUGGCUUACUGUGACUGUCCAGAACACUUCUUCGGACGAAUUUGUGCGGAAGAGGAAGAGCAUUGUGGUUCUCAUUUCACUCAUCCAAAUGGUACCUACACAUUCACUAUGAAACCUAAAAACAAAACUUCAUCUAUUUGUGACUUCAUCUUCAACAUUCCUGCAGUCAACUCAGCAGUUCGAAUCAACUUCACUUCGUUCGACCAGUUCACUCAAGAAGGAUCCGGACCUACUGAUUGUGCUACCACAGAUGCCAACCUCACACUUUAUGACGGUCCAUCGGAUACCUCACCCGAGUUCGCUACAUUCUGUGGUGACUCACACAGUGUGCAUGCUCCGCUCAGUGAUACCCCGAUUACAAUGACGACAACUGGAGCAAUGCUGAGAUUCAGAGGAACUCAAGGAACAUUCGGAAUUGCAUGGGAGACUGUCGAGAGGAAGUGUGGAUUCCGAACAUCCAAACCAGAGGGUAUUUUAUCAGUUCCACAAAACAAGCAAGACGUUGUCUGUGAAUGGUUCAUUUCUGCUCCAGGAGGGAAAAUAAUUGAAGUUACCAUUCCACGAAUUACAAUGCAUUCAAAGGAAGUUGAAAAUUGUGAUCAGAAUUCUUUGGAAAUCUAUGAUGGAUAUUCCACAUAUGAUAGACAUCGAAUCCUCGAGACAUGUUCUUCAACUCAAGAGCCUCAAAUCGUUAAAUCAACUGGUCCAUUUUUAUCUGUCUCUUUCGUCAGUAACAUGCUUCAAAGUAUCACUGGUCUUGAGACUAUUCGUGGCUUCUCUCUGAAUUACAAAUUUGUAAGUCCUGAUAGAGAAUGCGGAGGGGAUAUCGAUAAUGUUGCUAGUGAUUUCUCAUUCUCCGGAGUUGUGGAGUCACCGAACUACGGUAGUUUGUAUCCACCAAAUAUGGAUUGUACAUGGAAGAUAAAUGGAACAUUGGGUAAUGACUCGUAUAGUGCGGAUAUUGUGAUGAAAUUGACUUUCGAUGAGUUUGACGUCAAAUCUGGAUUCAGUGCAACUGGACCAGCGAUGCAUUAUCGAACAUUCCGUCGUUUGUAUCCAAUGAAUGGUGAUUUUGUGUUAUCAAACGGAGGACUUUCCAGAGUUUAUUCUCAAUACAGACAGAGUAUGCUUGACAUGGGAACUUGCACAAAUGAUUACUUGAAAGUUCAUGAUGGAAAUGGAGAAUACAUUCAAGGAUUCUGUAAUCCAAGACGGCCACCAAACACUCUGGUAGUUAAUAAUCCAGUAGCAGUUCUCACUUUCCAUUCAGAUGGAGUUGAACAAGGGAAAGGAUUCAAAAUCAAAUAUGAGAUGUUCUGUCAGAAACAAGUCAAGGGUAACGGAACAAUUCAAACUUGGAACUUCCCUCAUGGAGGUUCAGCUGGAAAAUGCACAUAUGUUAUCGAAGCUCCGAGAACUCACGUCAUUCAUAUCAGAUUCUUGACAAUUGGGUUGAGAGUAUUGCCAAUGUCCGAGUGUUUCUACGCAACAAAAGAAUUGGAUGCUUAUGAAAACUAUGUAGAGUUUUCCGGUGGCCGAUCCGACAAUAUGUUCUUCAAUCGUCGAUAUGUCUGUGCUCGCUAUCCAUUUGUUGAAGGAAAUUGGAUGUCUGUAUCAGCAUCUCGUCCACUCAAAAUCACUGUUGGAAGUGAUGGAAACUCAUUAUUCAAAGGAUUGAGUAUGGAAUACAAGACUGCUGAUGUAGGAUGUGGUGGACUAUUUUCUAGUAUGACUGGUGUCAUCACCUCUCCAAACUAUCCCGAAAAGUAUCAGCCUCAUAUGCAUUGCGUCUAUCAGAUCUAUGUUUCCUGGUCGAGAACCGUCAAACUCACAUUUGACACUUUCGAUUUGGAAGUAACUCCUGCAACAAGCUGUGAGUAUGAUCGUGUUGAGAUCUAUACCACGUACCACAAUGAAACUGUUCAUGGGGAUUUGAUCGGGAAAUUCUGCGGAGCAAUGAUUCCACCUUCCGUAUUCAGUACCACAAACACCAUGGCUGUCGUUUUCGUUUCUGAUCGAUCAGUUGCUGGACCAGGAUGGAGUGCCAAAUUUGAAGCUGUGUCAAGGAAAACCACGUGUGAUUUCACAUUGACUGCACCAAGUGGAAGACUCGAUUUCGAUUCGGAACAAAUGAAAUAUGAGAAAUGUGUAUAUCACAUUGCAGUUCAUGAUAACCAAAGAAUCCUGUUGAAAAUGGAGAAUAUGUCUUUGCCAUGUGGAAAGAGUUCUUUAUCAUUCAGAAAUGGUCCAUCUGAAACAUCUCCUCCGUUCUCUUCUUUGCCUCCAGAAUCAGAAGUUUGUACUCCAACUGUCAAUUACAUGCCAGUUAUUCGAUCGUUCGGUAAUCGUGUCACCGUAAUUUUCAAGUCAAUCAAUUCUGUUGGAUCAUUUUUCAAUUUGACUUAUGAAACUAUUGCAAGUGGUUGUGGUGGACGUGCCGACGGUUUAUCUGGUGUUAUUUCGGCUCCACAAUACCCACUUGGAGACAAAAAGAAUUUGAAAUGUGACUGGACAGUGGCUGUUGCUCUUGGAAACAAAGUUCGAUUUGUAAUAACAGCUCUCGAUGAUCUCAGAUCCUCGGAUUCUUCUGGUUUCUGCCCACUAUUUGCGCCAAAUCGACUUGACUUCUACAAUUCCGCCCGUCAAGGAAAUCUUCAUUUGAAACGGUUCUGUGCCAAAGAAUUAGCAUCCGAGCCGAUCACUUCAGAUGACAAUGAACUAAUCAUUAAAUAUGCCCAAGCUGGUGGAUUUCAAUCGAAGAAAAUUUUCGGAUUCUCUGGUCAUUUCACAACUCUUUGUACUGGAAUUGUAUUGGAUACUAUCAAUGGAAACAUUCAAAGUCCCGGGUACCCGUAUAAUGCCUACAGUAAUCAGUUCUGCACAUGGACUAUUCGAGUACCGAAAGGAAAUCGUAUUCUCGUCACAAUGCAUCAUUUCUCAAUUUCUCAACGAGCGUCAUUCUACUCGAAAGAAUGUCAAGUGGACAUGCUGAAAGUAGAUGAUACUGACUUGGGAGAAGCUGAAGUUACAUUCAAAAGUACUCAGUAUAAUACAACGAUUUCGGUGAACAAAUUCUGCGAGAAAGCUGUUCCGAGGACAAUUCGAUCGAAACACAAUACAAUGAAGUUUACCUACACUUCUCAUUCGGAUCCAACAAAUCAAUUCUGGUUGAGUUGGAGUACUAUUGGUUGUUCCAGUGAAAUUAAUUCCCCACAACAAUUGGUCAUUACAAAAGAGCAUAUUGAUCCAGAAGUAGACGAAUUCGAAUGCCAAUAUAAAAUUCAGGCGCCAGUUGGAAAACAGAUCAAUCUCAGAGUCGAAUCUCUUGAUAUUCUUCCGAUUGGAUCAGAUUGCACUUACAAGAAAGAUGCUAUCUUCAAUGGAUUCGCCUUGUUUAUGGGAAGUAGCAAUGAUUCAGGAGUUCCAUUCCAAACAUACUGCUCAUCUAUGAAUCAACAGAAUGUUUCAUCACACACCAACGAGUUGUUCCUCCAUUUCUCUAUAAAUAAAGACCGUUUGAAAAAUAAUUUGUUCUUCAAUGCUACCAUCGAAUUCAUCGAUAUUCCAGCUGAUUCUCCACAAGAUACUUGUGGUGGAGUCAUCAAUCUGGAACGUGGAAUCAAGAAUACAACAAUUGUAUCCCCUGGCUACCCUGCUCCGUACCCAGUUGGAGUCAAGUGUCGUUGGUUGGUCAAUGCUCCUCCAGGAUAUCAUAUCGAAUACACAAUUGAAGAGUAUCAUACUCCAAAUUAUCAUGAAGAUCGACAAUCAUUAUCUCCAUUCUCUUCGUAUAUUGGUACAUCCAACUUCUCCUGCAAAUGGCAGUUAUCGUAUAACGAUGGAAUGCUCACGUUCUACAAUGGAAACUCAUCAAAAGUAAUGGCUUUUGAAAAAGUUUGUGAGGAAUCAAGUACACCGAGGACCUUCGAAAUGUAUUCAUCUCAAUCUUUGAUCACUUUCGAUGGAGCAACAAGUUCUUUUGGUCAAAAAACUGGAGAAGGUGCACGUGAAAAGAAUGGAAUGCGGAUCUCAAUCAGACCUCGUUGUGGAGGAGUUGUACUUGCUGAAUCUAAGCCUCAAGUGAUUUCAUUGUACCACGAAGGAGAAAAUGUUUGUAAUGUGACAAUCAAAAAGAAGGAUCCAGAAGAUUCAGAAAUCUUUCUUCGUCUGGAAGAGUAUGCAAAGAUCAAUGCAUCGUCACAGCAUACGAUUGAUGAUAAACUUGAUAUUUAUGUCGGAGGAGUUUUGAAAUACACGGAAAUGCUGAAAGCGACAGAUAACACGAUGCAAGAAUAUGCAGCUGAUGAUGAUAUGAUGAUCAGUGUACAACAUGCAAAUGCUCCACAUUCAGCUAUCAUUAUUGUGAGUACUGAUGAGAGAAAUUGUGGAGGAGAAGUGAGACAUUCUCAAGGAACCAUCUAUGCUCCAACAAGAAAUUUGGAUAAACCGUUCGAUUGUGGAUGGACAAUUUCCAACAAUAUUGGAAACUCAGUGAAAUUGAGUAUUCUAGAUCACAACUUGAAGUCAUCCCCCAACUGCACUGACUCUUACAUUGAAGUACGCGAGACGAAUUCAUCUGGAAGACUUCUGAAACGGCAGUGUGACAUCAGUGCCAUUGAUUCAACAGAAUUUGAGGCUCAAUCUCUUUUUGUCUUCUUGAGAUAUCGGCCGGCUCCUGAAAACGGAGAAGAAGAUGAACCAGAUGUAGAUCAACAAGAUUCAAAUAGUAGACCUCUUUUCAAGGCGAGAUAUGAGAAAGUGUCUGGAGGAAGAGUUAAGGGUCGUUUCGUGUCGAAUCCUGUGAUUGAUCAGACGGAAACAAUGGUUUGGACGUUGGAUACAGGUGAUGAUACAGCUGGAAUUAUCCUGAAAUGGACUGAUUUUUAUCUCCCUUCGUCGAACUCUUUCUUGAAGAUGUCGGAAGCAGCAGAAAAUGAAGACUUGGAAGCCAUUGGCUAUGAAAUAGUGCAGGGAGUUAUGACACCUCCAGAAUCAUUUUUUGAGAACAAAGUGAUAAGAGUUUAUGGAAGAUUGGAGAAGACUGAUAGGUUCUCUUUCACUUGGUAUGCAGUUCCGUUGAAUUCAAAAAAUUUGACAAAUGUAACGAAAGAGAAAAAAGUCUUCGACUGUGGUGGAGAUCUCACUCCAUCAUACGACUGGGAGUCUUUCACCAAUCCUCUUCCACCUGGUCAAUCAUAUGGUUAUGAAGAGAAUCUCCACUGCAGAUGGACUAUUAACAGACCAAUGUUUACUGGUAUCGAGCUGAAAUUUGAUUAUCUGGACCUGGAAAAUGUACAGAACUGUGCAUAUGAUUUUGUGACGUUCAGACUUCAGUACGAGGACGGACCAGAAGAAGACGACGACGUGGACUUAACAAAUGUCGCCAAACAUUGUACACUGGCUCGUUCAAACCAAACUUUCAAAUUCUCAGUGAAUCGAGCUCUUCAUAUCCAUUUUGUCACUGAUCGUUCGAGACAUGGAGUUGGAUUUAAAUUGAGCUACAGAUUAACAUGUAACGCGUUUGAACACAUCCGUCCAGGUGUAUUCUUUGAACAAACUCUUAAAAGUCCUAACUACGAAGGAAAACUGGCACCAAGAGCAUGGAACUGUCAAUACUCAUUAAUCUUGGAAUCAAAUCGGAAAGUUUUUGUUCAAAUCGUCGAUUUGGAUAUUGAAGAAAAAUCUCCAUGUGAAGCAGACAAUUUGUUAAUAAUUGGAGAUCGAUUCUCGGAUCUCAUCAAUCCAUAUUCAAAAGCUGCCAAGUUAUGUGGUCGUCUCGAUCCAGGAGAACGUUCCAAUUACACAAGUUCCCGUGGAAGACUAUUUAUGAAAUUCAGCUCUUCAGCCUCAAGUCGAAGAGGAUUCAAGUUGAUUAUGAAAGAAGAAAUGACUGAAUGUUCGUCUGGAUUAUUACACGUGGAUGAGAAUACACCGUCAAGAACUAUCUACUCUCCAGAAUUUCCACAGCGCAUUCCGAAUUCUGCUGAGUGUGAUUAUGUGAUGACUGCUCCAAAUGGUCAUCGAAUUAUGCUCACAUUCGAUCCAGACAAUUUUGAUAUUGAUCUCACUGAAGAGAGUUGUGACAACUUUGACUAUAUAGAAGUACGUGAUGGUCCAUCCCAACAUUCGAAUCUCAUUGGUAAAUACUGUGGAAAUAAACCACCAUCCAGUAUCUACUCAACCAAUAACUUCUUGUACAUGAGAUUGCAUACAUCAGAAUAUGGAAGAAGUCGAAGAUUUGUUGCCACUUUUGAAAUUGCAAGUUGUGGAGGUACAAUAUUUGUUCAGGAGAACGUCACAACACAUAUCACAACUCCAAACUACCCUGAUCCGUUCACUACUCCAAUUCAAUGUCAAUGGAAUGUGAGAAGUCCAAAUACUCAUAUGAUUGAGGCGAAAGUGGAUCAUCUCUGGCUAUUCUAUAAUCAAAAUUGUACUAUGGAGAACUUGACGAUUCGAGAUGGAAAUUCUACAGCCGAUCUUCUUAUCGGACCAGCUUGUGUAGCUAGACAAGCUCCAAAUGGCUAUACUCAAAGUGCAUCGAAUCAACUGACUGUUCAAUUCUCUUCUAACUCAACUGUUUCGAGAGGAGGUCGUCAGUACUGUAGUCAGAAGAAGUGUGGAUUCGAUUUGGCUGUCAAACUGAGCAAUCAAAAAUGUGGAGGUAAAAUUACUUCUCUUUUUGGAAGCAUAUCACCACCUCAACGGGACGGAAAACUCUUGCCUCAUGUGAGAUGUAUAUGGGAUUUCGAAGCAGUACCUGGAAUGGUUUGGAUGUUCACAGUCGACUUCUACGGAAAAGAUUUGUAUCGAAAAAGUGAUCGAUACAAUGGUAGAUUUUCACCGAUUAGAAGAGAAUGCUUCAUGGAUGCGGCGAUUAUUGAAGGGUUCCCUCCCUACGAUGGUGCACAAAUGGGCAAUCAGUUCUGUAAAAAUAACUCUGUAAUCUAUUCGAGCACCGAUAUUUCUCGAGUUGUCUAUGAUGAUAAAUUCACAAGAGAAAUGAUGGCUCUGACUUUGGGGGAUGAAUCAUAUGAUAAUACAUAUUAUUCUCCAUUUUCCAUUUCCUACUUCCAACAGCCAGCAUCUAAAGAAAACAAAGGAUGUACAAUCAGAAUUGAGAAGAAUGAAACAUUGGAAUUCCAUGCAGUUUCCAAACCGAACUCAGCAGGAGUGAAGGUUGAUUCCCUGUGCCACAUUGCGAUAAUUAAACCAGUCAACUUUGAAAGUGUUUACAUCAAAAUAGAGAAUUAUUCCGUCAAAGAACAGUUGUUGAAAGAUACUGCAAUCUGUCUUGCAUGGGGUGCUCAUAUCAAAAUUAAAUCGGACGAACCGAUUCCCUUGCUGAAAACGAUUUGCGAUGCGACACAGAGGAAAGAGAAUGCAACUGAGAUGAUAUAUAAUAAUCCAAAUAUUGAUAUAUAUUUGUAUCAAUUAUUCCGAGAUCAAGAGUCACAAGAAUUCAAUCUGACGGUCGAAUUUCACAAGUGUGGAGGAGUGAUAACCACUCCUAAUAACGGAGAAAUCACGAGUCCAAAUUUUGGAACUGGACAGAAAUAUCUUCCAGGAUCGAAAUGCCGAUGGGUUCUCGAAGCACCAGCAGGUCAAGUUGUAAAGGUCAGACAAUAA